CUGUCCCACUCACUCCGUUUCUCUUCUGCGGAGCGGGCGCGCGGUCACACACAGCUCGAGAGUCUCUGGAAUGAGCCUUAGCAGGCGGACGGACAUGAGAAAAGUGUGUGCACGCAUGGACCGAGAACAUGGAGUGUUAUGAAAGAAAUGGAGAAGGCGGCGCAGUCCUUUUCUACGUCUGAAUUCAGCGGUGACGUUAAGUGCGAGGCUGUGGAGUGACAGAAAGAACCGUUAGCUGAACGGCUCGCAGCUGCGGGAUAUUUGCCCAACAAUGGUGAUUCCCCACCAGUGAAGAACUCUGCUGCCCUGUACCCCCUGCCUCCCUCUGUCCCUGACACCUCAACUAAACAAAUUUCCAUAUCCCUUAUCCUUUUAUCCCAUCUUCCUGGAACCCUCCAGUUCAGUCCCUCCUCCCUCCCAAAUCCCCUCUUUGUUCCAAAUAUGGACUCCUCUGGAGAAAUAACCUCAGCCCAGGAUGGACAUGUCGACCCCGGGUGCAGACCUAGUCGCUCUGAUCUCAGCGGACUCUACCAUCUGGGUCGGACGUUGGGCAGGGGCCACUUUGCCGUGGUCAAACUGGCUCGCCAUGUCAACACUGGGCAACUGGUUGCUGUCAAGAUGAUUGACAAGACAAAACUUGAUGUUAUGGCAACAAGCCACCUCUUACAGGAAGUGAGGUGCAUGAGGCUGGUGCAGCACCCCAACGUGGUUCGCCUCUACGAGGUCAUCGACACACCCACCACCCUCUACCUGGUCAUGGAGCUGGCCGAGGGAGGCGACCUCUACGACUACAUCCUCCGGCAUGAGGGAGGUGUAGCUGAGGGCACCGCCAAGCGUCAUUUUGCCCAGAUUGUGCGUGCUGUGGCGUACUGCCACCAGCUCCACGUGGUGCACCGGGAUUUGAAGCCAGAGAAUGUGGUCUUCUUUCCUCAGCAGGGGGCUGUGAAGCUGACAGACUUUGGGUUCAGCAACUUAUUCCAACCCGGGGCGAUGUUGGCCACCAGCUGUGGGUCGCUGGCGUACUCCGCACCAGAGAUAUUGCUGGGAGAAGAGUAUGAUGCUCCAGCUGUGGAUAUCUGGUCCCUUGGGGUGAUCCUGUACAUGUUGGUGUGUGGAGUCCCUCCCUUUCAAGAAACCAACGACAGUGAGACUCUGGUCAUGAUUCUGGACUGUCGCUACUGCGUCCCCGAACAUGUCUCAGACGACUGCAGAGAUCUGAUCUCCAUGAUGCUCCAGAAGAAUCCAUCUCGCCGCGCCUCACUUGAGGAGAUCGAGGCCCAUCACUGGCUGCAGGGGCUGGAUAACGCCCUGCUCAGUCCAGAGUCCCCACCACACUGGCUGUCAGGGGCUCUCUCUCCCAGCUCUCCUCGCUCAGGAGUACCUGAGUGCGGGGACCUGCUCGCCGCGAGGCCCCCGCCUCAGCAGGCUUUUCCUGGACCCUGGCAGCCGAGUCUCAGCUUCACCCUCCGUCCACCUCCGGCUGAAGAGCCUCCGGUCACCAAGAAUGUGCCUGCGCUACAGCAGAUCUGUGAGGAAGAAGAAGAAGAGGAGGAGGAGGAUGUGGAAGUGGGCAGCUUGGCAAACGAGGGUGAAGGUUUUGCAUCUUUGUUGGUGGCAGAGACAGAGAGAGAAGCUGAGGAGAUGUUCAAUGGAGCAGAUGAUCAAGAGUACAGGGAAGAGGAACAAAAAGAAGAAUUAGGAAGCUCAGUGGAGAUAAUGGAGGAGGAAAAGGAGGAGCAGGAAGAAAAGGCAGGGAUGGAGAUGGAAAUAGAAAAAGAAGACAGUGGGUGUGUGAUUUCCGACCAGCCAGUCAGUCAUGCAGACAAACCGGUCAGUCAGACACCUCAAGUUCCACCAUCAUCUCUGCUUGGUUUGGGGGUACCCUGCUGUCAGGGGCAGCCAGGAAAGGACGAGGAGACUGAACCUAACAACAACAACAACAAACCUGCUCCUCUCCUCCCUGAAACUUCUGUCCCUGCGUCCUCUGUGAGACUCAUCCUGUAUGAGAAGGAGGCGCAAAAAACAGGAAGAGAAGGAGAACAAGACGAGAAAACAGAGGAGGGUGGAAGAGUUGACCUCAUAACAGACAGAUCUCAACCCCACAAUGCUUUGGGCACCCGGGAUGAGGCUGCCCCGAAGGCGGAGCAGGGGAAACGACACAGCAUAAAGCUGCGUGAGAGACUCUUUCAGUUCCCUCUGUGUGAGAAAGCUCUGGCCUUAAACAUACCGACACACACCAAGCCCAAGAUCCUGCCACUGGCACAGUACAACUGCUGCCAUGUGCUUUAAGUGAAACCAGCCUGGGUGCUGCCUGUGAUGUGCUGCUCACUUGGGACAUGCAGGCUGUUUAGCAGUAGGCAGGUGGCUGGCUACAGAGCACAAACCUUGUGAAGUGGCAAGCCACUGAGCUCCCUGCUGAGCCUCUCUGCUGCAGAGACCUUGAGGCAAGAGAGCAAAGACCCUCAGCAUGCAAACACCCAGUGUACAGGAUGGGACGUGUACAGCUUCAUACCCACAAACACUCAGUUCUAGCAUUGUGCUCAUGUAAUGAACAUUGUGUUGUGCUAGAGGUGGUGUACAGCACAUAGUCAGAAUUAGUAGAACCUCAUGCAUUUGCUGCUGUGUACAGAAACAACCAUAGAAUCACAAUGACUAGACUGUGUCCAAUCUGUAGCUUAGAAACAAUACUGGACCUACAGGAAGGAGGGAGACUAAAGAAAGAAGAUUGCAGCAAGAAAUAAAAAUAAUGACUGCAACAGUUUUUAUUGAAUAAGCUAUAGUCUAUAUAUUUGUUUGUUUAAAAGGUGCCUACAAUGAUAAAAUGGGUUUCAUCCUGUGUAGUACAUGGCCACCGUGUCAUUUUGUUUCUGACUUUAAAAAGCUCUAAAAGUCAAAAUGGUCUAGUGCUCAGUAGAUCUCUGAUUUCAUACUUUAAAAUAUGUGAGUUAGAAUAAACUUUGGACCAGCUUCUGCUACAGAGUAGCACCCGUUUCCUAUUUUCCUUUGCACAACCUGCUUCUCUCAUUGGUUUAUAAAGCUCUUAAUGUAAGCUCGAUGAAAGAAAGACUAAGACUGUUUGAUAUGAGAUGAUAUGAUAUGAUACUAUGUAAUAUAUGCCUAAGGCUGAGAUGAUGAUACGAUUUUCUGUUCUCUAAAUCCUAAAGUCUUAAUAUAAUGGAUUGUUUUAACAUAGAGUAUAAUAGUAUUGAUAGGAUCAUUGAUCAGGAUGCAGGUCUUCCAUUGUACUUUGAACUUGUUCUUUUUAAUUCUAACAGGUUAAUACUAUUUGAUCAUAACAGCUUUAUUUUGGAUGUUCAGAAGUUCCUUGAUUUUUUUUUUAUGACGUGACAUAGAUAUUAUUACUCUGAAGAGAUACAGGACUUUGUGCAUGUUAUUACUGUUUAUCACAAUAUACCUCCAUGUGUCUAUGAUCUGACAAGACAUUUUUCUUGUGGAACUGUAAGUACCUUGAGGUAACCCACUCAAUGAUGAAUUGCACACAGUAUGACUACUGGUAGCUUUUUUUACAAGCAGUAUCCUGGGACUGAUGGAUAGACUUGUUGUUGGUCAUAUAGACCAAAUGACAGUUUUAUGUUAUUAUGUAGCUGAGGAGUCCCUCUGUAUGGUAGUAUUUACCAUAUAAUGCCUCUUUGUCUUUCUAUAUUUUCUCUUACACACUUUAUUUUUCCUUUUUUGAAGCUGAGACAAGAAGUCUAAAAUUGUGUUAAGAACAGUUAAAGAAGGCCAAAGCUGUACAAUAAGCUACAUCUUCCCCCUAUAGUUCAGUAAACAGAGCUUAUCACUGCAGCUUCAUGGUUUCAACAAAUUGGAUUUUUAACUUGUGACCUGUGAUGGAACGGUCUCUGCCUAUAUAAAGGAGCAGAUGUCACGUGAAAUCUGAUUAUCACUCAUUUCAUCAGCCAUGGAAGCAUAAAAUCUGUGCAGAAGGGGGAUACAAUCCCAUUAUUUGUCCCUGUGUGAUUGCAGCCUGUUUAUCCUCAGCGUGUCUGUGUCUACUGACCUGUAUUGUGACUACGACCACGUCUCUAUGGAGCCAUGAACUUAUUUUUCUGUAUUUAUUUAUUAAAAUGGAUUAAAUAAACAGGA